CAUAGUUAAUAUAAUGAGAGGGUUUGGAAGGCCGGCAAACUUCAAAGGAUAACGCCCCCUUUCGUGAGCUGAACUCGAUAGAGGGCAUCACGUGACAGUUAUAGUGCAUCAUGGCGUGAUUCUAUAAUACAAUUCCCUAUUGACAACUUAGAAAUCUUUAAUUUUCGCUCGUUAUACGAGGUUUGGGUGGAAUACGAGGUUUUAUCGCAAAUCUCCAUCGUAAGUGGCAACUUUUGAGACGUUUUUAUGUGUGAUAACCCAAAUUGCUGACGCUGUGUAUAGUAUCAAUUUCAAGUGAAGCAAAGUCAUACUGCUAAAGCCGUUCGAAAUGGUCGUUGAAAACGCACGUUUAAGGUUUGGAAUCAUGGAAAUAGAUGAGGAAAUUGAUACUGAGCGUUUAGAAAGCUCUUGUUCACCUUUGAGGACGAUUUAGAGUAAACAACUGCGCUUCUCGAGAUGGACGUGGAUGAAGUUCAGAUUGAAGUUCAACAAGCGCUUGAAGAGGUAUGAAAUAUAAAAUUUAGACGAUGAUUUUUAUACAUAUAUUACUGUAAACAUAGAUAUUUACCUAAUGAAUAUUUUCCCUUUCAAUACAUCGUCUCUAGAUUGAAGGAAAGAAACAGUUUCCUUGCAGAUUUGCAGUUUCUGUGAGAAAGUUUGCAAAUCCAAAGGUGGCCUGACAAGACACCGCGACGCAGUAUGAAACAUGUUGCAGAAUUCGGUGAGGGAUCUUCUACAUUUCAAACAGUGAUAUUAGUAGAAAAAGUUGCCGAAUUAAUACGUGAUAUCGGUCCACACUUGGUUCAGUUGGUUGACGAAAAACUGUAUAACGUAUGCCCUACUUUAGUAUUUACUCUGUUUAACGCCAGGCGAUUUUACCUGUCAAGGGAAGCAUCUAAGAUAAUAUUUCUGUGCCACCAAAGGGCAGUCUCACUCUCAGAGCCAAACAAAUGUAAUUAGAAUAAUUAAUCAUAGAUUCUUGUUUGAAUUUUAGGAAGAAUUGUCUUUGUCACCUCAGGAGCUUGGACCAUUAUCAUAUUUGACUGGCUAUGUGAUAAGAUCUUUAUACCAGAAAAGCAAGAACUGUUAUAGGAGCAAUUCUUCCUGGAACAAAGAAGUCCAAGCCUCGAUGUCAUCAAUGCGACAGGACACAGAGGCCAAUAAAUACAUUUCAUCCUUGUUGAGGGGUGGACUUUGGUCACCACACUCAUGGAUUGUAAGCAUUGCAAGGUGUCAGAGUUAAUAUUUAAAACACACAUCAAAUAAAGACAAGGUUACUGUCUACCAGUAGACACAAUUGUGAAUGAAGUCCUAACUUCUCCUCUUGUGACAAACUUGUGGUGCAACAUUAUUCAAAACUGUGAUGUAGAAACUUCCAUGGAAUGUCAAUCUUUAUGUUUAGAGAAUGUUCAGUCAAAUUAUAUGUAACUGUAAGAUGUUUUCCUUUGCUAAGGAUAUUGUAAAUAAAUAUAAGAUAAGUCAGGGUACACAGAAAAAGAAAGCUUUAUGAAAAGACUUGAAGACAGGCACAGAUUUUCCGGGGGUGGGAACCCCCCCCCAGAAAUGAUUUGCACCCUCCAGAGGCAUUUGGCACAGCCCCCAAAAGUCUUGGCACUCCCGCAAAUUAUAUAUAUUUUGAUUUGAUAGUUUCAUAUUUGAUUAUUCUUACUAAAUUUGUAAAAUUACCAAUAUUAUGGUCUCAGAUGAUCAGAUCUCACCAUGCAGGCCUAGAAAACAAAUUUUGUUAAACUUUUUCCUUGGCCUUUCCGGGUGUUGCCACCAGGCCCCGGCCUUUCAAAGCAAACAGCACCCCCCCCCCCAGAUAUUUAUCCACACACCCCGAACGAAAAUAUGAAAAUCCGUCUCUGCUUGAAGAUUGCCAGUGAAGGAAAGAAAUAGUCAGGUACAUAAUACAAUAACGUUAUAUCAAUGAUAUUAAAUGUAAAUAUGAUACUGUAUCAAUGAAUUAUCCUCAUAUUUUUAUGUGUAAUCUUUUCAUCAACACAUAGUAAUAACAACAAUAUAUAAAUAUAUACACACAGCUUAAACUACUUUCUCUCAAUUAUGUAAUGUUCAGCCAAAUUUAGUCAUGCAGUUUAAAUAAGCUAAUUGGAGAUAAUAGGCUAACAUAUCUCAAUGUGCUCUUUUAUUCUUUUACUCUGUCAGUGUCUAUCAUCAGACAAUUUUACACAUCAAGGGCAGUGCAUAUUAAGCAUUGCAGCUUAAAGAGUUAAAAUCAUAUGGCAUCAGACAAAUGUUAAAACGAUAAAGUAGGAGCAUUGUGGCUUAAUUAAACAUACAUUGUGUAGUGUAUGAUUUGAGCAUAAUACAAAUUACAUUUGCACUUCUAGCUUGGCUGUGGAAUUAAUAACACUAUUGCAGCAAUUUUUGCUCCACCUACUUUUGAUAAAUGACAAAUUUUCAGAAAAUAAAUAGAUACAUACACAGUAAGAACACUCAUGUCAUUCUUAAGUUAACUAAUUGGCAAAUUCCUAUUUAUCAGAGGAAAAUUAACAAUAAAAUCAGCCAAUCUCGUACCACACAACACGGUUAAUAGAAUUAGAUGGUUAGGCUAGCCGGCAAACUUCAAAGGGAGCGGCAAAUUAUGUCGAGAACCACUUUUAUUUGUGUCACGUGACGAGGAAAGGGGGUGCUUUGUGAUGAGUGAUUAGGAAAACAUAUGGGCGAGAACAUAAUAUGCCAACAAAAGAUCAUAUUUCAAAACGCUAUAGGGCUUCUGAGAUCAAGGUGGAAAUUGAAACAGAAAGCGAACAAACAUACGAACCUAUUUUGAACGUUGGAGAUGAAAAUAUCGAAGAAAGCGAGCGUCGUGAACAGUUUAUGAUCGAGGCAUAAGAGGACGAAGGGCGAAGACAUUUAUCGCAACUAGACGAUGCAACCGCAGAGGAUUUAUACAACUUUGAUGUGUCUGUUGCUCUAACGGAAAUACAGUUAGACGAAACAGACGCUGAAUUCACCGAAGCUAUACAAGAAAUUGAUGGCGAGAGGGUUUUUCCUUUUAGUCAGUGAGAGAUAGUGUGCAAGUCUAUAAAGUAAAGGGAGGGACAAAACUCGUGCUGCGUUGACUAUUAGAGGACGUGGCUUGAUUAUAUUACAUUGAUUCAGGUCAGUUUGGCUACUGUUUCCUCUACUGAUGCUUUGUUCGAUGCUUUGCAUGGCCACUUUACACAACAUUCUAUCCAAGGAACAAUCAAGAUAAACUUUUAGAAUGUUUUUAUAUGGCUUGAUUCCUCGUUUGUGUGAGCAGCUAUAAAAUUGUGUGAACUAUAAAGUAGCAAAUAUAUUCCUGAGCAUAUUUGAUCGGAUUUUUAUAAAACACUACACCAGCAAAAUGUCGGCAUUGUUGGAAAAUGCUGUGAUUUUUCGUGAAGUUCAACCCUCGAACUCUGCACAGAAACUGUACGGAAAAUAUAGUUAAACUUUAUUUAACAGUCGGAGCAUUUUCCUACACCAGAGACUUUAUUACUAUUAAAGAUGCGGCAUGUACAGUCC